AUGGCCGACUCCGACGAAGAAUAUGUGGGCGAGGUAACAGAGGAUGAAGAUGAUCUUCAGGUGACUCGAGGCGACACACGGGCCAGGAAAAGAAAGCAGCGCGGAGGCGCAGAAUGGGAGCUAUCCAGAACCUGGGAGACUCUGGUGGAAGGUGCAGAUGGAACCAUUAAUUCGACCGUCGAGGGCCUUCUGGAGGCAGGCAAACGGAAAAGGCUAUUGAAAGAUACGACACCACUGCAGCGCGGUAUCAUUCGACAUCUCAUCCUCAUAAUCGAUCUUUCACAGUCCAUGUCCGAGAAAGACCUACGACCGACACGGUACCUGUUAACGCUUCGAUAUGCCCAGGAGUUUGUGAGAGAAUUCUUUGAGCAAAACCCCAUUUCCCAGCUCGGCGUCCUUGGACUGAGAGAUGGUCUUGCCCUUCGAGUCAGUGAUAUGAGCGGCAAUCCAACGGAGCAUCUCGCGGCCAUCCAAGCGCUAAAAACACAGGAUCCCAAAGGUCUUCCCAGCCUCCAAAACGGAUUAGAGAUGGCACGUGGUGCGCUUUUCCAUACCCCGAGCCAUGGCACUCGUGAGGUGUUGAUCAUCUUUGGGUCUCUCCUCUCCUCUGACCCUGGAGACAUCCACCAAACGAUAAGUACCCUGAUCAGCGACAAGAUCCGAGUUGGGAUCGUCGGUCUCGCCGCGCAGGUUGCAAUCUGCCGUGAGCUUUGCACCAAAACAAGUGGCGGGGACGAGACAGCGUAUGGAGUGGCACUGAAUGAACAACACUUUCGAGAGCUGAUGAUGGACGUAACGACACCCCCGGCUGCUUAUUACCAAAAGGAAUCUGCGAGCUCUUUGCUAAUGAUGGGGUUCCCUUCUCGUACAGUGGAGUCCAGCCCUUCUCUAUGCGCAUGUCAUUCAAAGCCCUCGCGAGGAGGCUAUCUCUGCUCACGAUGCAAUAGCAAAGUGUGUAGUCUUCCUGCGGAGUGUCCAUCCUGUGGACUUACAUUAAUUCUCUCAACUCACCUGGCACGCUCGUAUCAUCAUCUAUUCCCCUUGAUCAACUGGGUCGAGGUGCCGUGGCGUCGAGCCUCGCAAAGCUCUGCUUGCUUUGCCUGCGGUAUUUCUUUCCCACCCGUUCCCCCAGAGGAUCAAUGGCAAGGGACCGAGAACCAUACCAAGGGAAUGAGUGUGAGCAGUCGCUACGAGUGUACAGCGUGUCAGAACCAUUUCUGUAUCGACUGCGAUCUCUUCGCACAUGAGGUCGUACACAACUGUCCUGGGUGCCAAAGUAGAAGUGCAAGCCUGCACUCCGCGCCCAAACCAACAGCUGAUGGCAUGGAUACCACAAUCUAG